CAACACUGAACACAAGUUUGUCGAGUCGGCUAGAAAAUUUACAAAUAUGAAUUUAUUUGAACAUGUUAAACAACUUCAUGAUUGUGAACUUCACAAUGAUUUAAAGCAUUUGGCUUCAAUAGCACUGACGCUGUGUGACAACAAUCCGGAGGUGGAGUUGAUGAAUCUCCCACAGAAAUAUCAGUGUAUCGUCUACUAUGGCAACGCGCUGUAUCACUUACAGGAAUUUCACAAGGCUGAGGAUAUUUAUAAGAAAGCUCUUCACCUGAGAAAAGCCUUGAACAAAGAAAAAGUGAAGGACAAACCAUCACCAGUUAUAGAGUUGACAGAUGAAGUAGAGGUGAAAUACAAAGUUUACCAAUGUCUAAUGGCCACAAAACAGUGUAGAGAAGCCAUGGUCAUGUUACAAGGAAUAAGUUCGAAACAAAGAACCCCUAAAAUCAACCUAGCCCUGGCUAAACUCUACAUUAGAGUGGGUAUGGACCGGUCAGCUAUCACCAGCUACAAAGAGGUUCUCAGGGAGUGUCCUUUAGCCCUGGAGGCCAUGACUGGACUGAUGUCCCUGGGGGUGAAGGGACCAGAUGUGGCCGCCCUGGUGAUGAAUGGAGCUCACAACAGCUCAGACUGGUUGUCGUUGUGGAUUAAAGGUCAGGCCCAGUCAUCCCAGCGAGACUAUAUGUCAGCUAUAGGCACUCUCUCCUCGCUGGACAACCAGUCUUAUCUCCAUGACAACACGCAGGUCCUGGACAGUCUCGCGGAGGCCAAGUUCUACGAUGGACAGUACACCCAGGCUCUGUCACUAUUCCAGAGAAUUCAUGCUCUGGAUCCCAUGCAUAUGAAGAACAUGGAUCUGUAUUCCUAUCUCCUGGCUAAGGACAGAAAAGUCAAAGAUCUUCUGAAAUUGUCCCAGCAGUUACUGAAGAUCACAGAGCAGGCAGCAGAGCCCUGGAUCUCCCUUGGUUACUAUUGCUUAGCAACUAGAAAAGUCUCCAAAACAAUCUACUUUGCACAAAAGGCAAACACACUAGAUCCGUACAACAUUGAGGCCUUCCUGCUGAAAGGUACAGCUUUAUUGGAACUGAAGAAAGUGGAUGAUGCCACCCCACACAUGAAGGAAGCUCUGAGACUAGCACCACAUAGAUACGAGGCUUACACAGGUUUGAUACAGUGUUACAUGGCUCUCUACAGACACAGAGAAGCUCUGACCUGGGCUGGGAAGGCGAUCAAAACUCUGGGUACCACAGCUAGGACUCUAACGCUGUAUGCCUCAGUUCUUGCCAAGACACCAACUGUUACAGCAAAGGCUAAACCAUAUCUAGAGAAAGCUAUGAAGUUAGAUCCUUCAUUCCUAGAGGCUGUGUAUAUAAUGGUGGAAAUUCUAGGUCAGGAACAGCAGUAUGAUAAAGGAAUAGAGAUAUUACGGAAACAACUGGAGACACACAGUACCUGUAGACUUCACCAGAUGUUAGCAGAGUUCCUUACUCAGACCCAUGAACACCAAGAAGCUCUCGACCAGUUUAGUAUAGCACUGAGCUUGGACCCCUCUAACGUGCGUGUUUCUAUUUUUAGCUUGGACCCGUCUAAUGUGCGUGUGAGGGAGGGGAUGGAGAGGGUGGAGAAGCAGAAUGACAUGGGGCUGGAGAGUGCUUACGAUGUCGGGGUGGAGGACAUGGAGAACAGUGAUGAAGAGGAGGAGUUUGAGGGGAGUGAUGUAGAGAGUGCCUGGUCAGACACAGAAUUCAGCUGAUGGACCCCCCACCCCCCACACACACCCUGAGGGAACCUCGGAGCAGGACGUCUGACCACUGACCUAUUUAUAGAUCCACAGAGAAUGGUACUUUUUUCACUACAAGUGAGGGAGGUACAUCUUUAUUGACUGUUUUCUGUGUGCGGUAAACGAUUCUAAAUUGAGGAAUCAUGACAAACCUGUCUGUUCAGGCUGUUCAAUAUCAAUGUUUUUUUUUUCAUUUUGCAUGGAAUGUAUUGUACAUAAAUACUUUGAAAUUAUUUGAUGUGUAUUUGUAAAGCAAUUUAGUAUAAAUAAUUGUCAUCAGAAUGAAUUUUGUAUAUAAAAUGUUGUGUUUUAAUUCAAUGAAUUAAAAAUAAAAGCUUUUUACAGA